AUAGAAUUCACAGUUACAGCUUGAUUCUUCGAAAGAGAAAAAUAUAAAAAGUCACAACUUUUACUGACUAAAUACAACAAGCUUUUGGGUUUUCAUAUCAUGGGAGAUCAGGUAUCGAAGCCAACGGACAAUGAUUUCCAAGGUUCGGGACUUUCGCUCUUAUCUACGGUGGACUGGAAAAAUGAACGUCAUCGAAGAUCCAUAAUGGCCAGCCUGGUUAAGGGUGUCUAUGUGCUGGAGGAUGAUCGUCGAAAAAAACGGCAAGGGAAUCUCGCCCUCGCACCACCAUGGUGGAAAUUCUUCGAUUUUCAGUUACAGGAAGAGCUCAUUGAUGAUGCUGGUCCCUCUAUCUUUGCAGAUUCCUCCACCUUUGGGGCUGUAUACGAAUUCAAACCCAAAUCCAACAACUACUAUCCCAAAGGAGCUCCAAAAUAUGUAAUUGCUUUUAGAGGAACUAUGUUGAAAAAAGAUACUAUCAUACGGGAUACGAUGUUGAACAUAAAUAUUUUGAUAAACAAACUUUCCCAUAGGUCUCAUUUCGAUAAGGCAAUGCAACCUGUUGAAAACAUAGUUUCUGGGGAAGGAGUUAGCGUCAGAGAUAUCUGGUUAGCAGGGCAUUCUUUGGGUGCUUCCAUAGCAAUGCUUCUAGGAAGAAACAUGGCAAAAAAGGGUAAUUUCAUUCAAUCAUACUUCUUUAAUCCGCCAUUCUUUGCAACUCCAAUGAAGCGUCGGAUAUAUGUAGCUAGCAGCUGGUUCAAAGCAGCACUCACAGUCAUCAUAAAAGAUAACGAAGAGAGGCGACAUUCAGAAGAUUUGUUCUAUGGAUUAUGUAAGUGGGAACCAAAAUUAUUUCUGCAUAAAUCUGACAUUAUAAGCGCGGGAUUCAUUCUGCACUUUGAAGUCCCAGAAUCGAUGGAAAACUAUGCGGUUGGAGAUGUUGGGAGGUUGGCGUCAGAAAGUUCAUUUAUGAGGCUAUUCAUGUAUGCUUUUGGAAUGGAAGAUUAUUCAGAAGAACUGCACUUGCUACCUUCUUAGUCAAUGGUUUACAGAUGAAUCAGUUUCAGACUCUAAGGUGUAUUCAAUGUGCACUGCUACAAAUUAUGAAGCUCCAAAGCUUGUCACUAAUCAGGCCAACAAUCCUUAGAAAAGCGCUACCAGUCAUCCUCAUCUACAGGUGUAAAACAUCCCGAUCCGGCACAGUCCAUCCCACGAAAUCACGUGUUUGGAGUGCUAUAUGCCAUGCCAUGUUAUGGCGGAGAUGAUGACGUGACGUGCCAUGCAGUGCUGGACACAUUUAUUUUAUAUUUUCGAAUAUAAAUUUUUUCCAAAUAUUUAGAUAUUAUAUGCGUUAUUAUGAAAAUAAGUAAACGUAAUGACAAUAAAAUGUCAGUAAUUUGUUAAAAUUGAAGUUUUUUUUUUGUGGAAUGUACGCAAGAUAUGAUUUA